AUGCCAGAAUCAACUGAAAAUUUGAGGCACACAAACAGAACCUUGCGUAUCUUGGAAGAUGCUGUCAAGGCUAUAGUCAAAGCAGCCGAAGCAAAACGAUCUCCCCUGAUUCUCCUCCUGUUUCCAUCCACUCUUAGACAACUACCAACUCUAGCCUGGGCAGCAUCCGCAGCUAUAAAAUCAGCGACCAUUCCGCUCUCUCUACAUCUCGAUCAUGCACAAGAUGUAUCUCAGAUCGAAGAAGUUGUUAAAACUUUGCCUUUCGACUCGAUUAUGGUUGAUAUGAGUCACUAUGACCACGAGGAAAAUCUUGCCAAGACCGCCGUACUGACGAAGUUGUGUCAUGAGCGGGGUAUCGCUGUCGAGGCGGAGAGUGGACGGAUCAAUGGAGGGGAAGAUGGCAUCGCUGAUACUGGCGAUCUUGAAGCUCUAUUUACUUCUCCCGAGGAGAUAGAAGACUUCCUCAAAGCAGGCAUCAACAUCCUGGCCCCAAGUGUUGGCAAUAUUCAUGGUGACUAUGGUCCCGAAGGACCACGACUUGACCUUGCUAGACUCGCAUCCAUUAAUCAACAGAUCCGCGGACGUGCAUUCAUGGCACUUCACGGGACAAAUGACUUCACCGCUAAGAUCAUGCAAGACUGCAUCAAAGCUGGAGCCGUGAAGCUCAAUGUCAACAAGUUGCUUUUGGAGAUUUGGCACGUCCAUUUGAAAGAAAAGGCACAAAUUCCUUUUAUGCAGCGUGUAGAUGAAGGGAUAGAGAUACUACAGGCUGAAGUCGAGAGAUGGAUAGAUAUUUGUGGAAGUGCUGGCAAGGCAUAG